AUGUUCGGCGACGAGGCGCUGCAGCUCGUGCACGAGGCACGUGCCGCCGACGCCACUGGUCUGCUGCGUCCGUACAAUGACGAGCGUGUCCGUCUCGUGCUGCUCGAGACUCGCCAGCUGCAGGCGCACUCCGACGCCGUCAUCUCGUCGUACCCCGGCGGGCGCGCGACGGCUCUCGAGGCCGCCGGCGGCGACGACGCCGGCCUCAGUGCCCAGCUGCUUGUGCACCACCUCGCCGCCGCGCGCAAUAAGCGCUGCCUGCUCGCCUACCACGCACACCGCCUCGCCUGGCUGCGCGAGCGGCUGUGGGCCGCCGGCGGCAGUGCGCCGCAGGUGCUGGCCGAGGACGAGGAGACGGAGCAGGGCGCGCUGCGUGCGCGCCUGGCGCCCGCCGAGCUGGCGGCGUUGAAGGGCUACGCCGAGCUGCUGCGCGGCUUCAAGGCCGUCUUCGCCGACGUCGUCGACAUUGCCGCGCCGCUGCACCGCGCCGGCACGCACGACGUUGCGCCGCCCGCCGAGCUCAUGGUCUGCGUCGUGGCGCGCCGCGACGCGCGCGACGUCCUCACUGCCCGCGGCUCGCUCAAUCUGCGCCGCGGCGAGCGCAUGCGCGUCGCCCGCGCCGAGGUCGAGCAUCUCAUCGUGCGCGGCUGGCUCGCCGUCGUCGACGAGUAG